CAAAUUGGCCAGACCCGUCUAACCCUGGUACUACUAGUCAAAACCUCAAAGAACACCAAUCACAUCGCUCGUCCGUUAUGGCCGCCGCCGCCGCCACCACCACCGCUGUUGCCGCCGCCGCCACCGCUACCGCCGCCACCGUUGUGGCCGCCGCCGCAGCCACCACGUUUCUACCCUUCACCGUCUCCCCUGUUCCCGACUCGGACGAUGCAUUCCGGUCCACCACAUCCGCCAUCUCCUCCGAUUCCGAGCCCGACGAUCUCCAACUCCUCCUCCCAAACAUGCUCCCCACUUCCACGGCCGCCGCCGCCGCCUCAUCCGAGGCGGAGCUCCACCAGUUCCACCUCCCCGCGCUCCCGUCCCCCAUCACCGUCCGCACCAUCCCUUCCCUCGGGCUCACCUUCCAGCUCUGGCCCUCCGCCACCACGCUCCUCCGUUUCCUCUCCGCCUCCCUGCACCUCCUCCCGCGCUGCCCCGCCCCGCACUGCCCGCUCGCCAUCCUAGAGCUCGGCUCCGGGACCGGCGCCGCGGGCCUCGCCCUGGCCGCCGCCCUCCCAGCGCACGCCGUCCUCUCCGACCUCCCCGCCGCGCUCCCCAAUCUCCACCACAACGCCUCCCUCAACGCGCCCCUCCUCGACUCCCGCGGCGGCGCUGUCUCCGUCGUCCCGCUCCCCUGGGGCGAUGCGGCUUCGAUGGAGGCCGUGGUAGCCCCAGCGCCGGCGUCUCGGUUUGACCUCGUCGUGGCCUCGGACGUGGUCUACUACGAGACGUUGGUUGACCCCUUGAUAGAGACGCUGCGGUUCUUCGUGAAGGGGGAGGUGGUGUUCUUGAUGGCGCAUCUGAGGAGGUGGAAGCGCACGGAUAAGAAGUUCUUCGGGAAGGCGAGGAAGCUGUUCAACAUUGAGGUGUUGCAUGAGGACCCACCCCUCGAAGGCUGGCGCCAUGGUCCGGUGGUUUACCGGUUCACUGCGAAGAAGCAGCAUGGCAGGAGGUGAACAAUAAGCUGCCCAAAGGUAAUGGCCGUCUGCUUGCUUAUGACCGUGCUGUGUCAUUGUUUGUUAAGUACUAGACUAGAUUCUACUGCUGAAAUUAGCCAAUCACGAAAUGUUUCUUGUGAACAAUGUAACAUUGUGCAACUGAUGUCAAAUUUAAGAGGAAAUGUUACUUUCGAGUUCACAACAGUGUGAUAUUGUGCAAUUGAGGACGAAAAUUAGUUGUACACAACUUUAGAUUGGUGUGA